AUGGUCAAACAAGCAGAACCUCAAAGUAGCCCCAUGCCUAGCAUGCCUACAGGUGCCUCCAGCCAAAUCCUGAAAUCGACCGGCUUUCGAAAGUUUUCUGCUGUGGCUAUGAUUGUUCUUCUUUACACUACUGCAACUCCGUUCAGUCCAAUAGCAUGGCUCACCUCCUCAAUCGAAGGCUCGUUGUUCCUCGAUCGAAUUCUCGCCGGCGCCCUCCUCUUUGCAGCCAUGUUUUUUCAAUGGCAAGUUGCGGUGCAAGCUUAUCCCAUUGCCAUAAUUCUCCCGACUGGUAAUCGUACCAUGAUCUCAAACGGAAAUAUCGUACAAUCGACUGGGGAUGUGAUCUGGAUAUACGAGCCUUCGAAAUAUUGGGAAUAUGUGUUGAUGGAAGGGUUGGGAUUGAUAGCGGUUGAAUGGGCAGGAGUAGAACUUAUCAGGAGGGGUGUGGUCAGUCUGGUCAUCGCGGCAUUGUGGAUAGUGGGUUGGAGUGUUACGCCAGAGCGAACGAAGAGGCAGGGGUGGGAAUAUUUGAAGAAAUUCUGGUUUUGGAUCGCGUUGGAUGAGAUUAUGAAGGUGGGACGGGGUGGUGGUGGUGGUAUGAGGAGAAAGAGAUGGUAA